AUGGCGGACAUGGACGAAUUGUUCGGGAGUGAUGGCGACAGCGACAAUGAGCAAAGAGAUUCGGGUUCUGGGUCUGGAUCAGAUUCGGAACACGAGAGACCCAGAUCAGCAAGCAACGGUUCGGGUAGCGAGAGCGAGCGAGACCGCGAGGAUGAUGACGAUGACGACGACGGCCAGGAGGCAGGAAAGCCGAGCAACAAAGAGUUGUUCGGGGACGACAGCGAAGACGAGCAUGGGAGCCAACACAGUGGGAGCGACAACCAAUCGGAGAGGUCGGGAAAUCAGUCAGACGCCAGCAUGCGUUCGGAGCAAGAGGACAACGAGCAAUCUGAUGCGGAGCAGCACAGCGGUUCUGAGGGUCACCAGGAAGAGGACGACGAGAGAGGUCACAGGUCAGACUUAGGCAGCCCUGCGUCAGGGGCAGGAAGUCACCACUCUGGUAGCCCCCGGUCAGGGAUGGGCAGCCCCCGCUCUGACGCUGGCAGCCCCCGGUCCGUAACACCUCAGUCGGGCGGGGCCACUCCACACACAGACGGGGAGGGCUCAGGUAAAGAGGCCCAUUCAGAGGAUGAGAAGUGGGGCAGAGAGGCCAAAAGUGACCAAUCGGACGACGAAGAGAAGCCCCAGCACUCCGACGACGAGCAGGAUCAUUCCGAAGACGAGCGCAGGCAACGCAAGUCCGAGUCUGUCAAGGGCAGCGACAGUGAGGACGACUUUAUCCGACAGAAGAAGAAACUGGCAUCAGAUUCAGACUCUGACAGUGAUGCAGGAACACACAGAGGCAAGAAACCAGCGGCAGACGACCUGUUCGGGGAGGCGGACGACAUCUCGUCAGACAGCGAUGCCGAGAAACCACCGACGCCAGGGCAGCCAAUGGAUAACGAGGACGGCAUGGAGACGGAGCAGCAGGAGGAGGAGCCAGUUCCGGAGACCAGGAUAGAGGUGGAGAUCCCGAAGGUCAGCACGGACCUGGGGAGCGACUUGUACUUUGUCAAACUGCCCAACUUCCUCAGCGUGGAGCCCAGGCCCUUUGAUCCUCAGUAUUACGAAGACGAGUUUGAAGAUGAGGAAAUGUUGGAUGAGGAGGGAAGGACCAGGCUAAAGCUGAAGGUGGAGAACACCAUCAGGUGGAGAUCUCGCCGAGAUGAAGAGGGCAGCGAGAUCCGGGAAAGCAACGCCCGUAUCGUCAAAUGGUCUGACGGGAGCAUGUCCUUGCACCUGGGUAAUGAGGUUUUUGACGUGUACAAGGCUCCGCUCCAGGGCGACCACAACCAUCUGUUUAUCCGUCAGGGAACUGGACUGCAGGGUCAGGCUGUGUUUAAGACCAAACUGACGUUCAGGCCACACUCCACGGACAGCGCCACCCACAGGAAGAUGACUCUGUCCCUGGCCGACCGCUGCUCCAAAACACAGAAGAUCCGCAUCCUUCCCAUGGCGGGAAGAGACCCAGAGUCCCAGAGAAACGAGAUGAUCAAGAAAGAGGAGGAGCGUCUGAGAGCGUCUAUCCGCCGGGAGUCGCAGCAGCGGCGGAUGCGGGAGAAACAGCACCAGCGUGGCCUGAGCACCAGUUACCUGGAGAGUGAUCGUUUUGAGGAGGAUGAGGAGGGUGAAGAGUCCGUCAGCCUGGCCGCCAUCAAGAGCAAAUACAAAGGGGGAGGACUGAGAGAGGAGCGAGCCAGGAUCUACUCCUCAGACAGUGAUGAAGGCUCAGAUGACGAUAAAGCCCAGAGACUGAUGAAGGCCAAAAAACUGGACAGCGAUGAGGAAGGAGAGAACUCGGGCAAGAGGAAGGCUGAGGAUGACGAGGAAACGUCGACAAAGAAGGCCAAGAAAUACGUUAUCAGCGAUGAAGAGGAGGAGGAUGAUGAUGAAUGAAUUUCUUUUUUUUUUUUUAACACCUUUUCUUUGUAUUAUAACCAGUGCGUUACACAGUGUCAGCCACUGGGUCAUUUGUAUAUUUUAUUACGCUGUUAUGUUUA